UGAGAGUCUUGUCUCAACUCCGCCUCUGUAAGGCUCUGGAUGAGGCCAGUUUAGCUGGCCUGCCUGGCUGCCAGUUCUCUGCAGACUUCAGGAUUGGCUGCACACAGAUCCUCAGCGCCAACCUCAGCACAUUCACGAUCGAUAGAAGAUUAUCAGCCCUGCACAGUAUUCCGUAUCAACAGAGCUGUAUGUGGCUGCUGUUCACAUUUUGCAUUUUUAUGCGGAAUGAGCUGAGGUGCUUCUUCUACUGCCUUCUGAACAUAUUGCUGAUUCUUCUAUGGGCACAAAUUGAGGUGCGGCGUCCAGUGCAGACAGAGUGAAGUGGAGAGAGCAAGAUGCCGGCCCCUCCUCCCCCUCCACCCCCAGGGCCCCCCCCUCCUCCGACCCUCGCUUUGGCCAACACAGAAAAGCCAACUCUGAACCGUUCAGAACAACAGGGGAGGAAUGCUCUGCUGUCUGACAUUUGUAAAGGCUCAAAACUAAAGAAAACUGUUACCAAUGACCGCAGCGGCCCCCAACUAGAUAAACCCAAAGGAGGAGGUGGAGGAGGGGGAGGUGGUGGUGGUGGUGGUGGAGGAGGAGGAGGAGGAGGAGGUUUUGGUGGAGGGGCUCCUGGUGGUUUAGGAGGCCUGUUUGCGGGUGGGAUGCCAAAACUGAAAUCUGCUGCAAACAGAGAUUCCAAUGACUCAGCACCCAACCGAGGACCUAUACUCCCCCCAGGAGGUCGUUCUGCUGGUCCUAGCCCCUUUGGAGGAGGAUCCAGCGGCCCUCCAAAACUCCCGGGGACCCCUGGUGGUCUUCGCAACAACGUCCCUGAUCUCCCCAAAGGCCGACCAAACUUCUCCUCCAGACCAGACAAUGCAGGAGGGCCCCCUCCUCCUGUACCCAACACCCCUCGACCGAACCAGAGCUUCUCCUCUCGUGCGGGCCCACCUCCUCCAUCACUUCCUGCAGGCCCCAGACCCAGUCCCUGUUCAGCACCACCACCUCCUAGUGUUCCACUAGGCAGGCAUGGACCUCUCCCUCCCCCACCAGGAAACUCCUCAGCAGGAUCGAGACCGGGUUUCUCAGCGCCUCCUCCUCCUCCGCCAAACAGCAACCGUCCCCCAUUACCACCAGCUCCAGGAGGGAGACCCCCACUCCCUGAUGAAAGACCACCACCUCCACCAGCCCCUGGGGGUGGACAUCGACCAGCUAUGCCCCGCGAUAUGCCCCCUCCUCCCCCCUCGGUCAAUGCCAAGCCUUCCUCUGUCUCCUCCCCAUCUUCACGUUCUUCAGGUAGUGGGAGUGCACCCCCUCUUCCACCAGGCCGACCCGGUCCUCCUCCACUCCCACCCACCCCGGCUGGUGGGGACGACCACAACACCCCUCGUCUGCCGCAACGGAACAGCUCACUCAACAGUCAUCCUGCAGCUCCACACGGCCGGACAGGACAUCUCCCACCCCCACCAAAUGAGAGACCCCCAUCACUUGGACGGAACCAGACCUCAGUUCGCUCAGGUCCUCUUCCUCCCCCUCCUCCUACAGGUCGCAGUGUGGGCGGGGGCAGCAUAAGGUCAUCACCAGCUCCUCCGCCUGUGGGUCGGCCAGGCCCCGAGCCCCCUCGUGGUGGACCCGGUGGUAGACCCCCCCUCCCUCCAGACAGGCCAGGGACAGGAGGACCUCCUCCCCCUCCACCGCCCAUGGGGAACGGCUUCCAAAAUUCUCAUCACAACCAGAUACAAGACGAGUGGGAGUGUCGGUUUACUUUUCAUCCAGCGUCAGAUUUUCCUCCUCCUGAACCUUACGUGCCCUGCCAGAAGACGUACCCGAGCAAAAUUGCCAAAAAUGAAGGCAAAGGUUCUGGUAAAAAGGAGAGGGGGGCUCCUCCUCUUCCUCCUAUACCCAGGUGAAGAAAACAUGGCACACAUCACACCUGGAGCUCCUUCCUGUCUUCUCACUUGCCUCUUUCUGUUUCGCUCAUUAUGCUUUGGCCUGCGUCUCAUGGCCCAUUUGAGGACUGUAUUAUAUAAAAUGGACAGAAGUACUGUUGACCAAGUAAGCGAUGGAUGGUGGAGUUUACACAACGUGCCUCUGCAGGUGCAGAAUCGUAGCCCCUGAAAACCAAAGCCUGUCCAUACUCUGGUACACUGUGCUUAAAUAAAAAGAUGUUUUUUGGGUUUAUAACCUUGCUUAGCUGAUGCAUUAUGGGUGAGUUUUGUUAAAUGCAUUACUUCAGGUGAAGUUGGCCACGUAGGAACAACAGUAUUUUCACUUUUAUCGACCUCCUUCUCCCUGUGGCAAACGGUAGCACUGCCACACAGUGUUGGAUAACUGCAGGGUUUGUAACAUUUCUGAAAAACUCUUUCUAUCCUCUGUCUACAACAACAACUAUAUGCAUUUUACCUACUUAAAAAAAAGACUAUCCAAACUCUUAUACAGGUACUCUGUUCAGAAGCUGACUAUUUUUUUGUGUUUUCCUUCUGCCUUUUUUCUGUGUCAGAUUGUAAUUUCAGGCUGCACUCAAAAGUCGGGGGAAUAAGCCAGGGUUGCCUUUUGUGCCUUAAAAAAUGUGUAUUUAUGUGUCAUGUUUGUUCAGCUGCUUCGGAUCUCCUCUGCUGGAGGAAAACAGAAGGAAUACAACAACUUGAUUUCUGCAACAUGCUAAACGUUGAGUAAAGCAAAAACCCAGACUUCACCCAAUGCAUACAGACACGGAGCCAAGAAAAAACUGGCUCCGACCUCCUGCCUCAGGAUCGGGAGUACGAGGGGUGAAUGAUUUGCCAAAAAGCCACAUGUGCCUUCACAGCAUGUUUAUCUAAAUCUGAGUUUCUGUUGAAACCAGCGAACGGUACUUUUCAUUUGAUUGUUUGUGAUGUGAGAUCGCGUUAAAUGUUUGUGAUGGAAAUGAGGUGUUUCAGAGGACGUUGGAUGGGUUUUACAGCAGCGUACGUUUACAACUGAACUCGGUCUUAACUUGGUUUUGUUAUGUGCUGCCUUUCGUUACUAUGAAGGACCUGUCUAUGUACCGCUAUGAUUUAAUCAAGUGGUAUUGAAGGACUGUUUGUUAUAUUAAGUUAUGUUUCAAGAAUGUGCAGUAUUAUUAUUUUUUGCUUUAUCCAGCACUGCUUUGAAUGAUCUUCUGUUUACGUGAUGUAUUAUUAUUAUUAUCAUGUGUUGGUCAGCAAAACAUUCUCUUACAGACAAUCAUGGGAAGUAAACAUAUUUACAUUAAUAAAUAAAAUGCUUUAAUAUGCUUUA